AUGUUUUUAGUUUCCUCCUUGAAGCCGGUGUUUUUCGUUAAAAACUAUCUUGUUAUUAACCAAUCCAUCGCUCGUACGUUCGGCCGUCCGUGCGCCGAGGGCCUGCGCAUGUGCCUCGUCUCGGGCGUCCAUUCAUCCUGCACGGGAUCCGCCGCCGUUUCGCAUUCAAACCCGACGCGGCGCGCUUCGGAGAGCGGCCGCAUACUCGUAUCGAAAAUCCCGAGGGGUCAUCGGCCCCCACUCCGGAGGCCUAACGAGCCGCCCCCU